CAAGCCCAGCUGCCCGUGGCGCGUAGUUGUUUAAGCACGUCAACUGUCCCUUGGCCACUAAGCAAGGCAGUGCGAGCACGUGCUUGGCAUAACUACGUACACUUGGAAAGGUAACCCUUGCUUAUCAGCAUGUGGUUAACGAAGACCUACAUCUGUGUGCUUGUUGUUGUCAUGGCCAGCUGUCAUUUCAACAAGCAACCAAGCAGUACCCAUGUGACUGUCGACGCCUUCAAAGUAAUACAGAUGGUGGCUUCUGUACCGUACAUGGCUGCAGCGUAUAUAUCCAGCCCCGCCCCAGCUUACCGAUGCCUGACUGCCUCACUGACAAGCGUCAAUGAAACGUUGAAAGAGGGCACCUAUUCGUGGUACUUCAAGAGUCCAAUCGACCACAGAGCUGUGGUUCGGCAGGUAAACUUCCACGUCAGACCGGGAAGCACUUCAGACACGCUUCAUUUUACUGUUGAAGGAGGUGGUAGCGAAGUGUACACGUCGUACUGCGCGUACACCAACUACGAGAACUGUCUGGUUGCGAAGAUACCUUACACCGACGAAGAGCUUUGUAUACUGUGGGUCACGCCAGAACUGGUGAAUAAUAUUCCGCAGCAGUGCCUAUCCGAGUAUCACGUUACGUGCCCCGUGGAAUACAGAGCUUACUACAGCGACAUCUGCUAGACGUACCAGAAAGAGUGAAACACAGUGCAAGAGGUGCCAAAGGCUUCCGCUCAACUACGUACGACGACACGGU